AUGUCAACCACGGGCAGCCCAGACACGCACACUCAUCCCGACGUCAAUGGACAGCUGACGUCCCGUCUCCAGGCCUUUGGUGUUCGGAAGCCAACAAGUCGCCACCACUCGCCCUUCGGCAGAGCCACGACCCCGAUCAGCCCGCUGCCGCUGCGACGACAGUUGGACGCGGCCCCCGGCCUUUCGGGUCGCAAAUCGUCCCUUCCGGCCUCGCUUGCGACCGAGUCUUCGCUGUUCGCCUUGCACGGCGUCCAUGACACCCAUCUGGGUCAUGAUUCCCUGGGAUCCGGCUUCACCAUGGCGCGACAGACUACACCUCCCCCGCCACUGCCGCCGUCGCGUCUUGGAUCAGAAGCGCCCGCCAUCAAUGGCACGACUCCAAAGGCUCAGACGGACUCCAACGCGGAGUGGACCAUACCAAAAAUCAUAGACCAGCUGAAUGCCUACCGACAGGACGUCAAAGACGGCCAUGCCAAGCUCACCGGCUACAUCCUGGAGUCUACCAAGGUUGCCGAACAGAGGAUUCACCAUGGACGAGACCUUUUUGCGAACAUACGCACCCCCGUCUUUACCGAGAAGAAAAGCACCACGAUGCGGAUCAAGUCCAAGCAACACCUGAAAGGAAAGCGAGACCAUCGAGAGGGACACUACACCCCAAUAUGCACCAAGACGAACAAAGAGCGCGUGCCGUCCUACCGAUUCCACCACGUCGAAAUUAAAAAGAACGUCCUCACCCCCAACACGAUGCUUACUUUUGUGCCGCACCUGCGGGACUUGGAAAGUUCCGAAGAGACCAAGUACAAUCUUUGGCUCAAGGAGCUGGAAGACAUUGAUCUCAAGUCGGGAUUCAAGCCUAUGAACCGCGAAGACAAGCAGCAGCUGACCAUCCAGGGCGAGAGGGCUGCCACUGUGUCGCUGUAUCUGGAUACUUGGCUAGAAGACAUGGCCAUCCCCGGCUGCGAUAAGUCGGCACUGAUCAGCUACAUGGCCGCCCGAGAACCAGACUACGCCAUCACGCCUCAGCAAAAGUCGGACAUUUUGAAUUCUCAUCGCAACGUUGAGAAUGCAGCGCCGGGCGCCAACAAGGCGGCGCGAAUGUUUACCGAUGCCUUUCAGCAGGUAUUCAAAGCCAGCCAGCCAGCGUCAAAACAGAUUGAGCUUCGGAGGGUGUUGAUGAUGGACGAGUCUGUGGACAACAUUAUGGAUUCGAAACCGAUUGCAAAGGACGCCACCAGCCCACAACUUCAUGACGAGGACGAGGACGAAUUGGCCGAGUCCAAUUUAGCUACAUAUUGCAUCUUGGGCUGCUUGAUUUGUUUCAGUCACUCAUGCGACCAUGGCGAGUACGACAACAAAAACAUGAAGCGUACCUUCUCCAUAUCGUCAUGCUCGCACCUCUCCGACGCCCUCAAGCAGAGGCGCAACCGGAGGGGACACGAGGGUGCAAAGCCCACCAAGCCGUGUCGGCGACAGUGCUACCAGAGGACCACUGACCACGCGCGCAUGCAUCUGCACCCUCGGGCGUGGUUGGAGGACGAGAGGAUCGUUUUGCGAUCAAUCUUUACGACGGCCAGUCACAGCACUUAUACAGGAGACCCCAUCUGUCUGGCCGCUGAAUUUCUGAACCGGCAUUGCGAUGAGGUUCACGCCGAGUUCAUGUCAAUGGGGGUCUCGCUGCCUCAACCGGAGCCUCCCGACGCACCGAGGAUAAAAAACCUGCCGUGGUAUGACCGACGACGGAAGGCCCUGCUGGGAGACUGGCAAGACCACACAACCAGCCACGCCCACCAGCGGCGGGAAAACCUGGAGCCCUGUUCUCACGAAGGCCCGUGUGUGCCCGGCGUCUGUACCUGUGUAGAUGCCGAUGUUCUUUGCGAGAAGUUUUGCGGGUGCACGGUGGACAGCUGCGCGUACAAGUUUACCGGGUGUGCGUGUCACUCACAAGGCAAAAACUGUCAAGAUAGCAAAAAGGACAGGCCGUGCAUAUGCGUGCAGUUGAACCGCGAAUGCGACCCUCAACUUUGCGUCUCAUGCGGCGCGCUGGAGCGCGCCGACCCUCUCAACGCAGAUGACGCAGAGCUUCACGCAACAGGUUGCCAGAACUGUGAUUUGCAGAGGGGGGUUGGAAAGCCGCUGCUUCUGGGCCAGAGCCAGCUGGAUGGCGUUGGAUAUGGCCUCUUUACGGCAGAAGACAUUGCCCAAGACGAAUUCAUCAUUGAGUACGUUGGCGAGCUGAUUACGCACGACGAAGGCGUACGACGUGAGGCCCGUCGAGGCGACGUGUUUGACGAGGAGUCCAAUGUGUCUUAUGUCUUUACCCUCCUAGAAAACGAAGGCAUAUGGGUCGACGCCGCCAUAUACGGCAACCUGAGCCGCUACAUCAACCACGCGUCGGAACACGACAACCGCGGGUGCAACAUUACGCCGCGAAUUCUGUACGUCAACGGGGAGUAUCGCAUCAAGUUCACCGCCAUCAGAGACAUUGAAGCAGGGGAGGAGCUGUUUUUCAAUUAUGGCGAGAACUUUCCCAACCUGACGAAAAAGCUACUGGACCACAAGGCGGCGGCCAAGCCAGAGACGAAAAACAAACCCGCAAAGUCGCGUCGACCCGAGAAUCCCGAGACGAUUGCCCGGAAGGCCACGAGGGCGGAGAACAGCAAACGGCGGCCGGGCCGACCGCGAGUGAAGCGAGACCUGCCUCCCGGGUUCGCGCUGGAGACUGUGGUUAUCGACCCGGUGCGCCCAGUGCGCCCAGCGCUGCCGGGGUCUCCAUCACGCAAGCGCAAGCGGCGGCUGCCGUGUGACAGCGACGACGACUAUGACGGGGCGGGCUCGGUUCAGGCCGUCACCGGCGAGCAAGACGCACGAGGCUCGGAGGAGCCGGGCUCGGCAUCGAGAUUACGCAGGCGGGCGCGGACAAGCGCGGAGACACCAACAAAGCUGACGGAGCAGCCAAAGAAGACUCGGGGCAAGAGGGGCGGAGCGCGACCGGGCAGCGGACGGCCUAGAAAACACCCACGACCGGUGCCGAGGCCCCCGGCAGCGUCGGAGGGCAAGGGCGCUGACGGCGCCACGGCAGCGGGUGACGCUGCUCCUCGCGAGGCAGGUCCUGACAAGCCGUCCGCACCGACAACAACGGCCGUAGUCGUUUCUGUUCCAGGACUAGCCCUGGCAUCAGCGAGACGUGCAAAUACACCAGAACCAAAGCGGGUGACGAGGAAGUCGGAAAGGACGGAGAUGGAGAUUGCGGACAGCGACGACAACACCUCUAACGCGCCGUUGAGGGGCAGUGGGACGAAGGCGGCAGCGGAAGACGACGACGAUGAGGACGUGUUGGUCCGGCAGCGAAGAGAUAGAGCGUCGAGGACCAGACGGCCGCCGGCCAAGUUUCGAGACGACGAUGUCUGGAACUGA